CUUGGCCUGGAGGCUCUCGUCAACCCCCAGGUCUUUGGGGGGUGAUGUUCAUUCACUCCCGGGACUAUUUUUAAUUCUAGAGCCCUUGAAACACGUGGAAACAGUACAGUAGGCCGCACAAGGAAAGUGGUGUGUGCUGAGCGCCUGCGUCUGUACUGCUGGGGACAAUGUGGCCUAACAGUGCCUCCGCGCGCCGUCCAGACCGCGGGAACCGGCCGACGGGUCCAUGGCGCUUCUGCGGAUGCGCGUGGCUCAGAACACGGGAACCGGGCCGAGGGGUCCAUGGCGCUUCUGCAGAUGUGCGUGGCUCAGAACACGGGAACCAGGCCGAGGGGUCCAUGGCGCUUCUGCGGAUGCCCAGAACACGGGAGACGGGGGAGACGGGGCAGACGGGUCCAUGGCGCUUCUGCGGAUGCGCGUGGCUCAGAACACGGGAACCGGGCCGAGGGGUCCAUGGCGCUUCUGCGGAUGCCCAGAACACGGGAGACGGGGCAGACGGGUCCAUGGCGCUUCUGCGGAUGCGCGUGGCUCAGAACACGGGAACCCGGCCGACGGGUCCAUGGAGCUUCUGCGGAUGUGCGUGGCUCAGAACACGGGAACCGGGCCGAGGGGUCCAUGGCGCUUCUGCAGAUGCGCGUGGCUCAGAACACGGGAACCGGGCCGAGGGGUCCAUGGCGCUUCUGCGGAUGUGCGUGGCUCAGAACACGGGAAACGGGCAGACGGGUCCAUGGCGCUUCUGCGGAUAUGCCUGGCUCAGAACACGGGAACCAGGCCGAGGGGUCCAUGGCGCUUCUGCGGAUGCCCAGAACACGGGAGACGGGGCAGACGGGUCUAUGGCGCUUCUGCGGAUGCGUACAGCCCAGAACACGGGAGACGGGGCAGACGGGUCCAUGGCACUUCUGAGUCUAUCCUCUGCACUCUGCCACCUGAGCUCUUGGCAGUCCCAUUGGAAGUUGUGCUAGAGACCAGACUGUUCCUCACAAAAGCAAAGACUCUGCUAUGACUAGAACUAGGUUAUUGUAAAUGAAGGUGAUGUCAUAGUUUUUUGUUUUUAAGGAUAGUGAGGAAAUUGAGUAUUUUUUGUACUAAAAGCCUAAAGUAUUUUACAUUAUUACUGUUCUUCAGAUAGUCAUAUUAGUGAAGAGUCCUGUAAGCGUAAGCAGACAGUUGACAAGGGGAACUUACAGUAAUACCACCUUCCCUUGGUAUGACAUUUCGUGAAAUGCAGAGGCCACAAGUGCUUGGAGGCGUUUCUCACUGGCUCAUUGCAGCAACCUUGUGAGAAGUCAAGAGGUCGGGAGCAAGGAAUUACUGUUCUCUUUUACGGAUAAGUUAUGGGCCCCAAACCUACGCUGGUUCUCUUUCCACUCAUCUGUCUUGCCUUUGAGAAUUAAAGAAGGCACAUCCUUCCAUGGGCAUUUAAUUAGCUAUAUAUAUAUAUAGGUUUCAAACCAUUUAAAAUUUAAAGUAAAAAAGACAAAAUUCUAAAAUGAGACUAUCAUUGUUGGACCUUUAAAAUUAUCAUUUAUUCAGCCCACUCUUUAGGAUCAGUUCAGUUCAGUUCAGUCGCUCAGUCGUGUCCGACUCUUUGC